AUGAAGAUCAGCGCAGCAAUGUUGAUCCAAGAAGCAAUGCCUCACUGUGGGUGGCACCAGAGGACAUUGAACAGCAGUGUGAGGCAUGAAAAUGACAAAGACCUACAUCACUCGGGGAACCUCCUGCAUCAGAUGAGUGGGCAAGUCCGUACUACCAGGAAGCUCCUUAGUCCCUAACGGGACCAGAAGUGACAGGAUAAACAAUACAAGAAAGCCCACUUUGGCACAGCCCUGAAAGCCAAUCCCUUUGGAGAUGCUUCUCAUGCAAAGGCAAUUGUGCUGGAAAAAGUAGGUGUUGAAGCCAAACAGCCAAAUUCUGCUAUCCGGAAGUGUGUCAGGGUGCAGCUGAUCAAGAACGGCAAGAAGAUUACAGCGACCAUGCUCAGUGCUGGCUGCUUGAACUUCAUUGACGAAAACGAUGAAGUUCUGGUUGCUGUGUUUGGUCCAAAAGGUCAUGCUAUAAGUGAUAUUCCUGGAUUCUGCUUUAAGGUUGUUAAGGUAGCCAGUGUGUCUCUCUUGGCCCUGUACAUAGGCAAGAAGGAAAGACCAAGAUCAUAA